UUUGAUUGAGAAACUUGUGUUUACAGAUCCAUAAAACUGAAAUAUACAAUGUCGGGUAGAGGUCGUAGCGUGCGAAGACGGGUGGGGCAAGCCGUAGCGAAACAGACAGAGAGACGGACGGGGGAUGCGGGCGGCUGUUGAUCCGGCCCCGGCGAAGGAACAAAGGGAAUGAAGGAAUGCGGCGGAAACGGCGCCGGUACCAGAGCCGGCAUCAGCUACUGUUCCUGGACCAAAACCACUCGCAGCAGCGCCACCAGCAAAACGUAAACGCGCAGAAUACACCGCAAAUGAAUGGCUGUCAAUCUGUUGCGGGCGACCACGGAAAACGUUCGGGCUACAAGCACCAACUGUACUCCACUCAUCCGUUAAGACGUCGGUUUAAUCGCUGGGCCUCAAAUCGUGGAUAUUGGCGGCGCCAUGGCAUGGAUUCUUCGCUAUCGUCCAGAACUAGGUCAAUAUCCAGUAUGUCGCUGAGACGUGACAUUAAUGAAUCGAAUUUUCAGUUCUGAGAGUUACGAAGCUUAGCGCAGAACGUAGGUCUAAACAUAAUGCAUUUCACACAACAGGUAUAUGUGCGGUUCGUUCAUUCGUAUGGUUGUCAAGUGAGUGAUGGACACUCAGGCGGACAUAGGCGGGAAUGUGCACGGGGUUUUCAUUGUUUUGUCAGUCCUACGCUAUACGUCGACCAGUAAACUUUUACUUUUUAAAAUUCGAACCGCAUUAAUAAGUUGGCUAAAAUGACCCGUUAUGUUUGAGUUACACAAUGUCCACAGUUACAUGUUAAUGUUGGUUGUUUUCGGUUUCAGUUUUCCAGAGUAAUUUUAUAUUUGGCAUCUGAUAAUUUCUGAUUGUUACCCUUGCCUUGACAUCACCAUUUAAGGAUAAAGAAUAGAAGUGAGGUACAUGUAUACAAAUCAUAGUUGUACUGUGUUAUAGAAUUUAUAGAUCAAAGUUGUAUUGCCAUGUUAUUCUACGAUUAUAAUUGAUUGUUAUAUAUUAGACAUUAUAGGAAACAAAGUGUCACCCAAUGUGUUUGAGUGUUUCAGCUACUUAAAUGUGCCAUGUAAAAAGACUGUGACGUGUGCCUUAUCAAAAUGAAAUGAAUUUGUAUUAUUACUUGAUUUUGUUGCUGCAUAAUUGUGUGAGAUAUUGUUUUGAUCACGACGAUUAAUUAUUGAGAUCUAUGACAAUCUGACAGAAUAACUUAUAUGUCAUUAUUAACUCAUUUUAUAUGUUUGAUAUGUCAUUCAAAUAUGUCAUUUAGGCGGAAAUUCUAUGCUUUGGAGGUGAUCGGAACCAUUAAAAGCAUUAAUAGGUAACUAUAUAAUGAUGUAAAUACGUCCGGGAGAGGUAAACUUAGCAUUUUGUUGUCAUCUAUCACGUAGUGCUAGUAUUUGUGAGGAUGGCAGGAAUGCUUUCAAAAUUAUUCUCGGUAUAUUAUUGGUGUUCUAGUACUCGCUCGAAGGCACGGCGUGCUUAGGACGUGCCUGGAAUAGCUCUUUUUUGGCUUUGCUAAUAUUGUACUAUAUGUUUCACUGGAAAACCUACGGUACGGCGUACAGAGGAUUUAUUCGGCCGGUUGCGGUGGCCUUAGCGAUUGCGCAUGUGUGUUAUGUUGCAAGGUACGGCGUACCGAGAAUUUAUUUGGCCGGUUGCAGUGGCCUAAGCGCGUACGUAUGUAUAAAAUGUUGCACGGUACGGCGUACCGAUAAUUUAUUUGGUCGGUUGCGGUGGCCUUAGCGAUUGCGCUUGUAUAAUAUCUAUUUCCGAACCAGCAAUGUGUUCUUUGAGAUAGGAAUUGCAUAGAAUGGUGUGCAUUGUCUGUUGGCGAGUAUUGCAUAAACGAGGAGCUAAAUCAAUAGUGCAACUGUGGUUGGGACUAUCUGUAGGGCAGUACUUCCGGUCGCCUCCUCGACAUGGCUCAGUUAUAGUGCUAGUCUAUAGCUGAUGUUUAUUUUCUCUAGUGUUUGUCUGGUUUAAAUUAUAUUCCGCCAUUUGGCCAUUUAUAUUUUCGUAUUGUUCUUCU